GAAUACAAUAUGAUACGAUAGACAAUCCUCCAAAUGAAAGCAUAUAAAAUCCCUUGAGCAUUCGCAAUUUUUUUUUGGUUACUACUAAAAAUGCCGUUGGGGAAAUACUAUUGCGAUUAUUGCGAUAAGGAAUUCCAGGAUACUGCAGCGGCGCGGAAGCGACAUCUUCAAGGCGUUCAACAUCAGAGAGCUAAAGCUCUUUGGUACGACUCCUUGCGCAAUCCUCAGUUAUAUAACGAUCCUGAUUCGUUUGGUAAAGGAGUCUGCAAUCACUUUGUUCGUACGGGGUAUUGCCAGUAUGGGGACUCCUGCAAAUAUUAUCAUCCCAAGCAAAACUCUCAAAAUUUGCAACAAACGGGAAUUCCAGGAAAAACUACUAGAGAGGGUAUUCACUUAGAGAGUGUAUCAAAUAGUCAACUUUUCGGUUCAGCAUCUUUUCCAGCAGGUGAUGUGUUCCGAGAAAAUGGCGGAGCAAAGCUGGGCAAUCUGCCUCCCUCUCUAAGGCCUCCGCCAGAGGGUGGUUAUCCACCUCUCCCUUUUGUUGACUGGGGAUAAGUCUGCCACCUCAUUUACUACUCUUGUCAGAUAUGCUUUAGAGUAGAUUGAUUGAAACAUGUCGAUUGCUCAAAAUAUAUAAGUACUAGAUUGACUAUAGAAGAUAUAGAUGACUGCAAUUUCAGCCGAGUGAUGUGCAGCUAGAAUCGUGGGAUAUUUUCUGUCUGUAUCAGGUCAGUCAGUCCUCCUGCGUUAAGAGUGAUUACCACAUUAUAGUUAAGCCUAAGAUGUUUUCAUGUUGACAUUUUAUUUUUUCUUUCUAAUAAGAUUUGUUCCUCAGCUUAUAGUUGGACAUGUAUACUGUUGGGUACAAUUACCUAGAAGGAACUAUUAUUUUGAAUUGGUGAUUUACCUUGGUCUCAAA